AUGUCCACAUCAACAAUUAAAACACUUGGCGAAUUUAUGACCGAUUGUGCUCGAACAACACAUCGUCUUUCUUGUUAUACCCCAUUACCAAGCCAUGCUGCUCAGUCACUUGCAGUUACUGAUGAAGAAACUGGAGAUCUAUCUGGAGCACGUUUAUCUAUAUCAAAUUCUUUAACAAGUGUUCAUAAACAAUGUGAACAAGAUGAUGCUGAAGCAACAAAUAAACUUUUAGAGAUUGGUCGUGUUGCUUCAUGGGCUGUUGGUUUUGAAAAAUUGCUCAAUGAUGAUACAGGUUUACAUGUAUUUACUGAAUUUUUAAAAAAAGAAUUUAGUCAAGAAAAUAUUCAAUUUUGGAUUGCAUGCGAAAAAUUUAAAAAAUUGUCAGAUCCAGAAGAAAUUCGUCUUAAUGCCAAUUUGAUUUGGUCCACAUAUUUACAUGAUACAGAUGAUGGUUCAUGUCCAAUAAAUAUUGAUAGUCGAACACGACAAGAAUGUCAACAGUCUUUAUUAAAUAAGCCUAAUGCUUAUAUGUUUGAAAAGGCUCAAUCUCAGAUAUUCCAAUUAAUGAAAUAUGAUUCAUAUAGUAGAUUCCUUAAAUCAAAUAUGUAUAAAGAUUGUAUUAUGAAUGAAAUGGAAGGUAAAUGUAUAUCAUAUACAAAACAACAACAACAACAACAACAACAGCAACAACAACAAUUACAAACCCUAUCAAACUCUGACGAUAGAUCAAAAACACUUGAUUCUUUUACAAAAUUAAAAGAUGAUGAAAAGAAAGAUAAAAAACGAAGUCCACUAUUACCAUGGACAAAAGCAUUCAUUAAAUGGAAACGUCUAUCAGUUAAACGUGAGACACCUUCAUCUUUGUCCAAUUUACAUCAUCAAACUAUCAAUGCUAGUACAAAUACUCCAAUACAUGAAAAUUUAUGUUUAUCACCAUUUUUAACAUCACCAAUUACAAAUAAAUCAGCAUCAACUGAAUUAGGAGCUAUAUCAACAACAAAAAUUGCUAGUGCAUCAUCAUCAACUUCUUCAUUAACAAUAUCAGUGAAUAGUGGAAAUUUAUCAAAUAAAAUAAAUAGAAUUUCACCAAAUACUACUCAACAAGAUUCGCCAACAUUUAAUUUUAUUUCACGUCCAGAAACAAAUCAAGAAUCAAUUUCAUUUUCUGAAAAGAAAACUUUAACUGUGAGUUAUUCUUAUUUAGAUUUUUUGAUUAGAAAAAUUUCACAUGAAUUUAUUCUAUAG